GUUCCGGGUCAGAAACUGGAGUGAGAGGAAAUUAACUCUAGAGCGAGGAAAACACGAAAUCAGAACCGACCAAAACCGAGAUGUAACCGUCUGCGAGUCAAAAUAAAGGCCAAAACUAUUCGACACUCCACUGGCUGGGAGGCCAGAAAGAUAAAAAGGACUCCCGGGGAGAAAAAGUAUCCAAAGUGAGAGAGAACGACCAGCGGUUUUAUUCCAUGUUACUCCGUGCAGUUUAUUUAUGGCCCGGGAGGUGGUUUGCGUGUUUGCUUGCUGAUAAAAGUCGCACGAACAGAAACUGCGAUAGCUGAUACUGUGCGCGCAGAACUUUGGAGUUGUUUCAUUCGGAAUUCUGUAUUUCUUGGUACACGUAGUUGUGGGGGAUUUUCAAAGAACGGAGUUUAUAGCAACCCGUGAUGUUUCACUGUAUUCCCCUGUGGCGGUGUAACCGUCACAUUGAAUCAAUCGAUAAGCGCCACUGCUCCCUGUUGUACGUCCCAGAUGAGAUCUACCGUUACAGUCGCAGUUUGGAGGAGCUUCUUCUUGACGCCAACCAGUUACGGGACCUGCCCAAGCCAUUUUUUCAGCUGGUAAAACUAAGAAAACUUGGACUGAGUGACAAUGAGAUUCAGAGACUUCCUCCAGAAAUCGCCAACUUCAUGCAGCUUGUAGAACUUGAUGUCUCCCGAAAUGAUAUUAUGGAGAUUCCUGAAAGUAUUUCAUACUGUAAAGCUCUUCAAGUUGCAGAUUUUAGUGGAAACCCUUUGACAAGGUUACCAGAGAGCUUUCCAGAGCUGCGAAACCUGACAUGCCUUUCCAUCAAUGACAUUUCGUUGCAGGCGCUUCCGGAUAACAUUGGAAAUCUUUGUAACCUGGUAUCACUGGAACUCAGAGAAAAUCUGCUGACAUACUUACCAGAGUCUCUGGCUCAGCUUCACAGACUGGAAGAACUCGAUCUAGGAAACAAUGAGCUCUAUAAUUUGCCAGAAACAAUAGGCUGUCUUGUCAGCUUAAAGGACUUGUGGCUGGAUGGAAACCAACUGGCAGAGAUACCUGCGGAGAUGGGCAGCAUGAAGAGCCUGCUGUGCCUGGAUGUAUCAGAGAAUAAGCUGGAGCGCCUCCCGGAGGAGAUCGGGGGGCUGGUGUCACUCACUGACCUGCUUGUGUCCCAGAACUUCAUUGACGCCCUGCCAGAGGGUGUAGGAAAAUUGAGGCGGCUUUCGAUCCUCAAAGCAGAUCAGAACCGACUGGUACAGUUGCCAGAGAGUAUCGGCAACUGCGAGAGCCUCACAGAAUUAGUGCUAACAGAGAACCAGCUACUGAGCUUGCCAAGAAGUAUUGGAAAACUUAAGAAGCUAUCAAACUUCAACUGUGACCGGAACAAACUAACAUCUUUACCUAAAGAGAUAGGGGGCUGCAGCAGUCUGAAUGUCUUGUGUGUGCGAGAGAACCGUCUGACGCGGAUACCUGCCGAGCUUUCACAGGCCACUGAACUGCAUGUCUUUGACGUCUCUGGAAACAGGCUGACCUACCUGCCCAUGUCCUUAACCACGCUACGGCUCAAGGCCCUCUGGUUAUCAGAGAACCAGUCGCAGCCUCUGCUGACGUUCCAAACGGAUGUGGAUCCUGAGUCAGGGGAGAAGGUGCUCACCUGUGUGCUCCUCCCCCAGCAGCCCUGCGAACCAGAGAACAAAGGCUCAGAUAACCUCGCCCGCUGUGGGGCUCUGGAGAGCCUUGUGAAUGACAUGGUGGAUGAUACGUGGGAUGACCGAGCUGCCAACAGGAUCAGUGCUAUCCGCUUCCUAGAGGAGGAUGAUGACGAGGAUGAUGAUGAAAAGGGAACACUACUGCGGAGAGCAACCCCCCAUCCUGGAGAGCUGAAGACCAUGAAGAAAGCAGCAGAGAACCUUCGAAAUGACAUGAAUGCUGCCAAAGGCCUGGACUCCAACAAAAACGAGGUCAAUAACGCUGGUGACAGAGUGACCACGUCUGUGUGAGACUCUUACCUCAGAAACAUUUUACCUCCUGUGUCUGUCACCACUGCCCCGCCCCCUCCUUCCCACCUGGUCCACUCCACUCUGUCCAAGGACUCUGCCUGGCCCCUCUUGUCCGGUACCCAGCUUCAUCUCCAAAUUCGAACCGGCAUCUGAUUUGAGGGGCCCAUGUGCCUUCUACUCAACCACUUUCCAAGGCAAUAAUCUGCACAGGUUUGCUUCUUUUUUCUAAGAAAAUAAAUUCCAGUGCUUUUUAUAAAUUUAUAAGACCGAAAAUAGGUAGUUGCACUAUUGUAAGUCUAGAAUAUCAUAGCUGUUAAAAUCUCUAUAAAAU